AUGGCGAAGGUCAAUUCGGCAGCAAUUAAAGAGAGGAAGAAUGUUAGUAAAAGGAACCAUUAUGAAUUUGUCAAACUCAACGAGCCCGAAAAAUAUGCAGAAUUGUUAAAAAAAGAAAGAGAGCGUUACCAAAAACGAAUUGAAACCAAAAAGUUAAAAAACAUUACAGAUAUGACAGAAAGGGAAAAGAGAGCGAAAAGAAAACAGUGGAAAAUUAAUAAGAGAAAUUAUAGGCGUAAGAAAAAAGAAAACUCCACGAUACAAGAAGUAAAUAUUGAGCAAGCAGAAGAGGUUAACCAAAGUACCAACACUCAAGAAAAAGAUCCACUGGAAGAGUUGAAUGAUAAUCAAGAUUCCCAAAUUAACAGUCGAAUGUCGAGGUUAACAAGAUUAAUAGGGCAUCUUAAAAACAAGUUAAAGUUCCAUGAACAGAAAAUUCGAAGGCUUCAAAGUAUUAACAAUAGAUACAGAUUCAAAAUACAUAGAUUAAGAAAGGACAAAAACAAUCAAAGGCCAAAUAAACAGUCUAAAAUACAUUUUCCAACUAUUAUUAACGAGAUUCACAAAUUUUAUGAAGAGGACACCAAUAGUAGACAAGCAGCAGGAAAAAAAGAAUUUAUAACAAGACAAGGAACUAAGAAGACAAAAAGGUACUUGGUGAUGAGUUUAAAGAACCUCUACAAUAAAUUUAUCACCACCAGUGAAAUAAAAAUUAGUUACUCUACCUUUUGCAAAUAUAGACCGUUUUGGGUCGUUUUUCCAAAACCGAAUAACCGGGAAACAUGCUCAUGCGAAAUUCACGUCAAUAUAAAGUUAUUGAUAGAAGCUCUACAUAAGGCAAAGAUUAUAAACGAAAAAAGUGACUAUGAUUUUAUAAACGCUUUAUGUUGUUCACCAAAAACCGAUAACUGCUUGUUAAAAACGUGUGAAGGAUGCAAGGACAAAGAGAUCAUUUGCAAUGAGUUUAAUAAUACAGAUGUCGUAGAAUUCAGUUACUGGUGCAAAAUUAAGGAGCCUAUUCUCGGUGACAUUAAUAAAGUUAAAAUCAUAACGACGAAGAAAAAAGAAAAAGCUAAACCUUUAGAUCUUAUUGAAAAAUUACGAAUCAAUUCCAACCGAUUUCUGAAACAUUGUUUCACUAUUGAGAAACAGUAUAAAGAAAUGAAAAAGUUAAAAGAUUUCCUGCGUAAUAAUGAAGCAAUUAUCCACAUGGAUUGGUCAGAAAAUUAUGAGCUGAAAUAUCACGAAGAAGUCCAAUCAAUGCACUUUGGCGGCACCCUUGAUGUACAUCAAGUUCUAUGGGAUAUAUUCUGUGGUCAAGAUCUCACAUUCAGAAACUUCAGCUGUUUUAUCUGCGAGGCGAAUGUUCAAUGCGAACAUGGUGCACAUCUCGGGUUCCUUAGAGUACCUGAUUUUACACAUUCCGUCGAGGUUACAACAUUAGCUGAUGCAAGAAAUAUGAGUGCUAAUAUUCCUAUUUAUGUGACAGUUGCCACCACUCAAGAUGAUUCUCAAAAUAAUACUGUUUUUACUGAAUUAUCUAAUAUUGAUCCUGUUACACUAAGUACGCCAUCAACAUCUAAAUCUUACAUGGCCACCUUUUGUGAUUUUGAGGAAUUAGUACCGGCAAAUAGCCUAAGUAGUCUAGAAAUGUUAAAAGAAAACGUUGAACAACUUCCUAUUGGGAGUACCAGUGGUGAAGUGUUGAAUUUACAUGUUGCCGAUUGGGUUUUAAUUAAAAAGACUCGCAGAGCAAUAAAGCAUCAAAUAGGUCGGGUAAUUGGAAUAUGUGGUGAUAAUAUUUCGAUAUCAGUUCUUAAUAAAGUACCAGGUGGAUUUCGAUGGCCAAAGUUACGAAAAAGGGAGGUGAUUUCUAUGAACUGUAUUAAAGCAGUUCUGCCUGAACCAAAUAUAGAUGCCAAACUUAAUUUUCACUUUGAAAAUAUUGAUUUCAUACAUUAUUAA